CCCACACUCGUGUCGAGACCACCACGAGCUAUCGGGCUGCGGCGGCGUGUGAAGAACGGCGGUCAUCUCCAGCUUUGCGUCACGCACGGCUGCCAAAUACAGCUUCCCGCCCGCCCCCCGAACUCGCGAUAGAGCCGACAGCAUCGCACGGGCACGGGCACGGGCACGGGCAAGGGCAAGGGCCACGGCCAACGAUGAGCAGGUCGAGUCGCACGCUGAUGGCGGCCGUGGGGUUGCUUGUAUGCUGUUGUUGCUGUCUGGGCACGGCCUACGCUUCCACUCCAUCACCACAUUCGCACACACAUCACACCACCACGACAACGCUGAAUCCCCUCGCAGCGCUAUUGGACGGCAUGCGUCAAGUGCUGGUAGCUUCGCUUCACCUCACAGCCGCCACUGUCCGCUUCGCAUCCGUCACCCUUCCCAGCGCCAUCUACAGCGUGCUGCACUACAGUCUCACGCUUCAGCUCAACUUUCCAAGCCUCGCUCUGCUCUUUCUCGCUUGUCUUGUCGCCGCAUUCGUCUGGCUGAGGUAUAGACAUCUCAAUAGGUACGAGAGGUUGAGAGAAGUGCCGCUCGCAAAGGAUGAAGGUUUCAACCUUCACCCGGACGUGGGAGCCAAUGACGAUGAUGAUGGUAGGGGAAAUGGAUUCAGCAACUAUCUCGACGAGUUCUUGCAAGCCAUUCGCAUAUUUGGUUUCCUCGAAAAGCCAGUGUUUCACGAGUUGGCGCGUCAUCUCCAAACUCGCAGACUCAUCGCCGGCGAUACGCUCUCCCUCGACUCGGACUUUUCCUUUUACAUUGUCAUCGACGGCAGGGUGCAAGUGUAUGCGCCCACCCCGCCCGCCCGCGAGUCUCGCAGAGCAGCAAACGGAUGGUCGGAGGAUGAGGAUGAGGAUGAGGGCAAUGGAUAUCAUCUGCUCAACGAGGUCACCAAUGGAGGCACCCUCAGCUCGCUCUUUACCAUUCUCAGCUUGUUCACAGAGGAUGUCAAGGUGGGCUUCGGCACGGGCGAAGGGGAGGACGUAAAUGUUGCUGGCACGCAGCGUGCCGGUGGCGCACCCGGCUCUUACGCUUCCAGCGCGCAUUCCACGGGUCAUGCGACGGAUAGUCCGCGAAGGCGCACCAAUGCUCAUCGAUCUCACCCGUCAGACGAAGCUGCACCGCCCUUGCGACCGAGUGGCGACCAAUUGCAGCUCAACGCUGCAGCGCUGCGCAACGUGCCGUCUGCCAUGAGCUCGUCCGUGGCCGUGGAGCGUCUAGACGGCAUCGAUGCGCUUCGCGCUAGUCCGAGGCAGAGGCGAGGAAAGACUAGCAGCGGGACGGAUGAUGCUACCGUGGUGCAAGGAGACGAAGACGAAGAGACGAGCACGGUUCACGAUGAUGUGCCGGGUGGACAGGAUCUACUACCUCCUGCUCAGGCCUCUGCUCCCUUUCCACAUUUUGCUCGAGCGCAGGCUAGAGCAAGCGUCGCUUCCAGCUUUUCGCCACCACUAUUAGCAGACCGAGGUCGAGCGCACUCUACGGCUACCAAUUCCACCUUUGCUGAAGCGAGCAAUGGUCCUCACACGCCUGGAAGCAUCCUGAGCGGCUUCGAAUCAAAGGGCGCAAAGCCGAGCCAUUACAUGCAUCACGAAGGCGUGGGAACGGUGGCUAGAGCGGUGACGGAUACGACUCUGGCAGUCAUACCUGCCGACGCGUUCAAGCGACUGACCAAAAAGUAUCCCAACGCAGCAGCUCACAUUGUUCAGGUCAUUCUCACGCGCCUCUCGCGAGUUACGUUCCACACGGCUCACAAGUAUCUGGGCUUGACAAGGGAAGUGAUGAGGACGGAGAAACACAUCAAUGAGCUCGCGUGCUUUACGCUGCCUGCCGCCUUUUACGAGCAAGGAGGUAUGGAGCGUCUUCGACAGCGCUUCCUACCCGAGCCUCAAAAGCACGAUGCGCAGGCGAGGAUGCCGAGCGGCGGCGAGUCUGCAACGCCACCUGGCGAUGAUCCGCACGACGAGGAAGGAGAUUACUUUCGCGGCUCGGCUUGGAGGCGCGGAGCGAGCGAAAGCACGGAAAAGGCCAAGACGCCAAAGAGGAAUACUGUGGCAAGGGUCGAUCCUGCUCGCACGCCCUGGGGACAUCCCGAUCCGCCUCUGCGCACGCCCACCAGUCGAACCAGCGUCGGACCUGGCGAUCUGCUAAGCAUGACAGGCACCGAGGAUGGCGCUGGGGGAGGCGGAGGAGGCGGAGGAGGGGGCACAGUUGGCGGAAGACCUGGCAGUCCUCUAUCCUACCUCGUCUCGACGAGUGCGCGCCCUCGAGCAGCUUCGCGCGGCACGGCCAUCAAAGGCUCGGAUGCGACGACUUUGGAUAUGCUCUCUUUGAGCUCCUUGUCGGAUGCGCGCCUCGCGAGUCCGGUGGGUGCAGAGAGUGCUGGAAGCGACUCGGGCUCCUUUGCCGGUGGUUUCGGGCCUGGCGCGCUGGCGGAUUUCAAUCUGAAAGACGCAGUGAUGGGAUGCAUUGCUAGAUCGAUUGGACUCAUGCAGCAACAGAGUCCCGGCACGGAAAGUCCAGGUCAAUCGCUCUCUGCUAGUCCGUUUAUCAAUCCGGCAGACACGCUUCAGAGGAGCGUCUUUAGGAGCGCCUUUAGCAGUCUGAGCAUGCUCGAUGCGGCCAUGGCUUAUGAUGAGGAGAGCAGCGUGACGGGCGCGAGCAGCAGCGCUUUGGGUCCUCAUCACGUCGAGCUGGAGAAUGAGGUGGAGGUGAGGUUCUUUCCAGCUGGAAGCGUGCUCGCCAGUGCUGGAGAUGCCGCUGCUGGAUUGUUCUACGUCAUUGAUGGUUUUCUCGACGUCGUGGUGCCGCCGGACGACGCGGAUACGCAAGGUGUGCAGGACAACAAGCAGCAAGGUCCCAAGCCCAAGCUCCCGGGAAGAGCAGCGCCUUUGAAUGGGCAGAGAAGCGGCGCCACGUCGGCGUCUAGGGCGACAGCUGCACCCUCGCGCUCGGGAGAUGCUGGACGAGGAGCACCUGCGCAGUCCGAUCGCAUUGGAAACGCGCUGGACGGAACGGCAUCUGGUGCACGUGCACGUGCGCGCGCUCGAUCUGCGCAGCAGCAGCAGCAGUACCAGCAGCAGCAGCAGCAGCAGCAGCAGACGGAUCACGUACGUCUACCUGAAGACAAACCAAAGGAUCAGCGGGCCAUCUUUAGCGUGGGAAGAGGAGGCAUUGCGGGCUACCUUUCGAGCUUGCUGGGUGCGCCAAGCUACGUGGAUAUACGCGCCAAGACGGACACGUACGUGGGCGUUCUUCCUGCCAAGGCGCUUGGUAGGGUCAUGGAGCGCCGACCCAUCGUGCUGCUCACUCUAUGCAAGCGGCUCUUGAGCUUGUUGAGUCCGCUAAUCUUGCAGAUCGACUCGGCACUAGAAUGGGAGUCUGUCAAUGCGGGUCAGGUGAUUUACCGCGAGGGCGAAGCGUCAGACUCUUUUUACGUCGUCAUCAAUGGUCGAUUGAGAGCCAUUACGGAGCGGGGCGGUGGAGCGGGAGUGGACUCGAUCAGCGAGUAUGGUCAGGGAGAUAGCGUGGGAGAGCUAGACGUCGUGACGCGGUCUGUGCGACGCAAGACGUUGCACGCGAUUCGAGAUUCCGAGCUGGCAAGAAUGCCCAUGACGCUUUUCAAUGCCAUCUCGAUGAGACAUCCGACGAUUACGAUUCAAAUGUCUCGCAUCAUUGCGCGUCGUGUGCGCGAAGAGCUGAAUUCGAGUCAACGAGAACGCGGCGGACGAGGCGCUCUGCAUACGGCCCCGCCCGUUCCCGGCUUGCCCGAUUUGGGACGCAACAAUCUCAACCUCAAGACGGUCGCCAUCGUUCCUGUCACGCGCGAAGUGCCCAUCACCAACUUUGCCAACCGACUUCAGGCCGCCUUCGAAGAUACGAUUGGAGGUCCCACGGCGUUUUUGAAUCAGAGCAGCGUGAUGGGCGUGCUGGGUCGACACGCGUUCAACCGCAUGGGCAAGCUGAAAUUGGCCGGUUGGCUGGCCGAGCAGGAACAGCGGUACAGGUUGGUGCUGUACGUCGUCGAUACGGCCGUCAGCUCUCCUUGGGCUCAGACCAGCAUCAGGCAGGCAGACUGCGUGCUCCUUGUCGGCUUUGGAGACGAUCCUAGCAUGGGAGAGUACGAGAGGCUUUUGCUGGGCAUCAAGACGACGGCGAGAAAGGAGCUGGUGCUGUUGCAUCCCGAGAGGAGCGUCCCGCCAGGCGCUACGCGAGCGUGGCUCAAGUCUCGACCGUGGAUUCAUGCGCAUCAUCACGUCGAGCUGCCAGGCAUUACGCGCUCCGCCGGCGGCUCGACUGCUAGUGGCGCCGCGAGCGAUCCGCGAGCUGUCAAGGCGCUGCGCACGCUCAAGGCGAAACUCGAGACGAGCCUGCAUCGGUACAGCGGCAAAUCUCGCGGCGCUAUUCCAGGUCGUCCUCAUCACUUUUCCGACUUUGCGCGGCUAGCGCGAAGAUUGUGCGGCAAGAGCAUAGGUUUGGUGCUGGGCGGAGGAGGUGCACGAGGGUGCGCUCAUGUAGGUUUCUUGAGGGCGCUGGAAGAGAGGGGCAUCCCCAUCGACAUGGUCGGCGGCACCAGCAUAGGCAGCCUCGUGGGCGGUCUGUACGCCAAGGAGGCCGAAAUGGUCACCACGUUUGGCCGCGUCAAGAAGUUUGCUGGCAGAAUGGCUAGCUUGUGGCGCUUCGCUAGCGACUUGACGUAUCCCGUCGUCAGCUACACUACGGGGCACGAGUUCAAUCGCGGAGUCUUUAAGGCGCUAUCCGACACGCACAUCGAAGACAUGUGGCUGCCCUUCUUUUGCAACACCACCAACAUCACUUGGAGCAGGAUGGAGGUGCACACGACGGGAUACGCUUGGAGGUAUAUUCGAGGAAGCAUGACUUUGGCAGGUCUCAUUCCGCCGCUGGUAGAUGAUGGACACAUGCUCGUCGAUGGUGGAUACAUGGACAAUCUACCCGUCAGCGUCAUGAUGGCCAUGGGAGCGCACGAUGUGUUUGCCGUCGACGUUGGAAGCAUUGACGAUACUUCGCCGCGCAGUUAUGGCGACACACUUUCGGGCUGGUGGGUGCUGCUCAACAAGUGGAACCCGUGGAGCGAUGCGCGAAAUAUUCCCAGCAUUACGGAUAUUCAGGGUCGAUUGACCUACGUUUCUUCGGUCAAGACGCUGGACGAGGCAAAGAGCACGCCGGGUUGCUUCUACCUACGCAUGCCUGUGGAAGGUUUCGGAACGAUGGAAUUCGGUCGAUUCAACGAGGUGCAACAAAUCGGAUACGAGGCUAGCAGAGCAGCAUUGGCCGGCUGGGCAAAGGAAGGAUCUCUCCCCACCGGCAUGUCACUCGAAGCCGAAGCUGCCGACAAUCACAAUCGCAAGCGCGGCGUCGGCGCGCGAAGAAAUUCCGUUUGAAUGCGCGCGGGCGCGGCUUGGCAGCGUGCAAUGAAGAUGACAUUCAAAUUGGGACU